AAGAAGUGCAUUGGAAGUGCAUUUAACCAUGCAGCUGGUGUCCGUUGAAAUGCGUCUAUCAGCACGUGAAUCGAAGUGUUUAAUUAGUAGGACUCCACAAAUGCUUCAUAAUUCAUUUGUAAAAUAUCAUGUUUCCAAGAGAGUUGGUUAAUCUUGACGCUUUACGAAUAAACUAGAUGUACUGUCAAAUGUCAAUUCAAAGAAUUAUUUUUUAGAGACUACACCAGGAAAUUUGCGAACCAGGAGCAUAUUCCUGCUGACCAUUCGACUUACCGCGACCAACGCGACAGCUGACCGUCGGUCGGUCGGUCGCUUGGCCCACAGCAGAAAUAGGCCCUGCCGACGGUGACGGCUCCGGGGGUCGCAGCGGCAGUGCAGCCUCAGAGCCCGUGAUAUACAGACCAACACACCGACAGGCGCAUAUAGAGACUCCCGGGCGAGAACCUCCAGAGGGUCACUGAGAGCGAGAAUCACAAGCGAAGGGAUUCAGCUAUAUCAACACACGACUGAGAGUUUCCGGUAUCAAACCGUCAGAAGCUGCAGAGUCGUUCCAGUUGCGCCAACGCGCUCAUUUUCGUCUGUCGGGCCUUCAAACCAAACAGUCCGCCUGCGCUUGUCUCUCAGACCGUCAGCUCAGACUCUCUGUUCGGUCUCCCAGUGCACUAGCUUCUCAGCUCGGUAGCCGUCUCAUUGCGCCGUCAUGACGCUCGGUGACGAUCCCAUGAUCUCAGUCGACUUCGAGGUGUUCGGCCACGUGCAAGGUUGUGGCUACGUGAAGUUUCUGAAGGAGAAGUGUGACGAACUCGGCGCGACUGGCUGGGUAAAGAACACCAAACAGGGCACCAUCUGCGGCAAACUGCAGGCGCGCAAAUCGCAGGUGGACGAAAUAGUUCAGUGGAUGGAGAAGACGGGAAGCCCGGGAUCUCAGCCGGAGCGGUGCGACGUCUCCAACACCAUCUACCUGAAUGCACAGGACUUCUCCAACUUCUCCGUCAGGUUUUAAAGCUGCCUAGAAGGCUGACCUGACCUGACCUGGACAGCGACCGUGCAGCUCCAAGGAUGCGUCAUGACCUGCGUGCUGACCUUUAUGAGCUAGGGUGCUAAACGAGCAUUUGUGCUAGGAAUGCCUUCUUGUCAAGGUGCAAGAAGCAUUUGUAUCAUGCAAGUUGCAAUGGGUUGGGGAGAGGAGAGGAGCGGAUUUGGCUCUUGAGGUGCUUUUCGAUGUCGUGUGUGGUGUCAAUUGUGUAUGCAAAAGUUUGUCAUGCGUGGCUCGAGCCUGGUUGUGUACUACCAGAAAUGGAUAUACUGCCUUAAAUUGCCAACAGAAGCACGCAAAAGGAUCGGCUUUCAGUGUUAUUGAGCGUAACUUGCAGCUCAGUCCCGGUGUGGAAUGCUAAAAAGCCACGGAGCUAUGUUGCAUCUUGGUCGGUCAAGGAAACCACGGCAGUGAUGUCACGUGACCUCACCGUCGAGCGUCGCUGACCGCUACUGGCUCUCUCGUCUCAUGACCUUGGAUAUAUCCGCCCGUGGCCAGCCCUGCAGCCGAGCUGGGAUGACCUGGAACCCUCCCAACACCAACAGUGUCUGAAAUGCAUUCAUUGAGGAAAAAUCAGGAGAGCUGAAAUUAAAACGGAGCUGUUUGAUUACGUGUUUGUAAAUAAAUAUGCCUGUGUAUGGUAA